UGACCGAGGAGGGGUGGUGCGCGGGGCUUGGCUGCCGGAGGACGAGCAGUUUGACGGCCGUUGGACCUAGGCGUGGGCCUGCCAGUGAUGACGCCUUCCGGGGGAGCGCAGUUCGGGCGCUGAUUGGCUACGGGCGGUGCCGCUCCAGGCCGGUCCGCGAGGGGGAGGGGGUAUGGAGCUGCGCGCGGAGCUGACGGGGCGCGACGGACUGAGGCAGCCGCUGCGGGUGCGCUGCGAGCCCGAGCCCGGCGUCGGGGCGGGCGGGGAGCUCCGCGCGCUACGCCGGGGCCUGGCCCAGCUGCAGGAGCAAGUCGCGGCGCUGCUCGGGCCCCUGGUGCAGCAGGAGAGCGGCGCCGGCCCCCGCGGGGGCGCCCAGGGUGAUGUUGGGGAAGAGGAAGAGGAUGAAGAUGAGGACCAGGAAGAAAACAAUGUUGACAAAACACAUUCAGAUGAGCCACCCUUAAAACGGACAAAAAUUCAGCACUCCUGACUGUUGCCUUAAAGACUCCUUAG